AAAUCAAAUAUAUUUUUAAAAAUCCAAAAUAAUAAUGAGAUAAUUUUCAACUGAUCUAAGAAAAGAUUGCAGUGUAUGUAAUGGUGUCUUCGCCAGUUUUGAACCAAUUUCGUUGAUUCUUUUUACUGAUGUAAAUAGCGUUUAUAAGUAUUGUUCAUUAUCUGUGUCUUAGAUCAUUUUCAUUGUCUUACCUUUUCCCGUUUAUAUAAUUAUCUAUGACUAUAGAUGUGUAGAAAAAACGUUACUAUGACAACAUAUUUCAGCUACAAGUUGUUUAUCUAGUGACGCUUGACGACGCCAUAGGCUGACAAGUAUAAUGUUUUAAUUUGUGAUCUGACAUAAUCAUUGCUUAACAUAAUAUAUGAAAGGCUUUACCCGUCGAGGCAAGGAGGAGAAAGUAAACAAUUCGAUGUUACUGUUGUAUAUAAUACACCAAUGGCUUUGCCUGAUUUAGACGUGAGAUCAGUAUUAAAUGUUGUGGAAGAAAACUUUCAGAAAGUCGGUUUGAAAGCUUACGCCAUUCGUAUGAUUUACAUCGGUGAACACACACUACCCAAAGAUGAAAUAAUAAAGCAAUUUCGUAAGACUAUACAAGCUGUAAAUGCUUCGUACUGUGAAAUAAAUGUCCGUGGAUUGCUGCUGGUGUAUGACAGUUACUUUGUACAUAUUAUAGAGGGAUCGGAGGAUACAGUGCAUAGACAUUUAAGGUUUCUUUUCAAAUCUGAAACUGAUUGGAUAGAAGAGAUGCGUAGGUUGGACGACGAGGCGGCCCAGGCGGCUAUUGCUGCAGCAGAAGAAGCAGCUGCGGAGGGACUUACAGUGAUGAUGGAGGACGAGCCUCAUCAGAGAUCUGAACGCCAAAUGUUCCGACGUUUAAAAAUAUUAACUGUUUACCAUUCUAUACAGACGUUAAUAUUUGAAGGGUGGCAAGCGGUGACGGCAAAUCCGCCUUCGCUCAUCGGGAAGUUAGACAUAUUUGGACCCUUGGCAGAGCACAUGGAACAAUUGCGGAUAUGCUUGGAUAAGAUUAAUAGGCUAUGUCAAAUAGCAAAAAGUGAAGAAACAUUAUCGUUCGAAGGGCUGAGCGCAGUUGAUGCUAAAAUGGAAGCGUUGCCUGAGGUCGCGUUACUGGAUUACUUGUUGCAGUCGCAGUAUAUCCUCGAUCUUCGUCACGUUGCACACUUACACCGACGAGUUGAUGACUACUGCUUUUAUUUUGAAAACGUUUGGCCUUUACCAACACAAUUCACCCCCCGUCUCUUAUACAAGUUGAAGGUUGAUGAUUUGUUUGUUGAACCACUUCCGGUGAUGCCUUGGGAGCUUGUCAACAAGGAGACAACAGAUGACGAAGAAAGAGAAGAACAGAGUGGAAGUUCAUCCACUGACUGAUUAGACGUCAACUAGUGAUUAUCUAUUUUUUUCUCUAUAUUUUUAAUCUAUAGUAUAUAACCGAGUCAGUACUUGCAAUUUAUAUUACCAUAUGCACCAAAAAUAUCCUGUACCUAAUUAAAAAAAUCUAGGUUACAAAAUUUUUUUAUGUUAUAUUUUAUUUCUUGCAUAUUUCUAAGAUUAUAAAAUGUGUAUAAAUAUAAUUAAUGUACUUAUUUUUAUUAAUAUAAAACAAUUUAAAUACUAUGUUACCUUUGACAAUAGAUAACGUGAAUUAGCUCUAUUUAGUUAUAUUGUGAAUGUCUUAGUUCUAGGUACAAAAAUUACGAUACCUUACGGACUACAAACCUACGCAUUUUACAGUACCAGUGAGAGACCCUAUAAAGUUAUCUGCUUGUAAGGUGGCUAUAUGUACAUUUCCCAUGGUUUAUACUAGUUUGAAGGUUGAGUUAAUGGCAGUAAAAUAACUGGGUUCUGUGAGAACUCAAGACCUUCAAAUUUCAGGAGUUGGCAGUACGGGAGUGAUGU